AUGCUUGACUCAAAAAUACAUAUUUGUAAAAAUAAAAUAUUGUUUACCUUGAACAUUAUUGGAAAUGAGAUUGAACCUAAUUGCAGUGAAACCAUGAAGGUCAACACAGGUUAUCUCAUGUCAUCCAUCAAAGUGGAGGCAAAGGGUGAAACAGAUUUUCUCGAUGAGCACCAUCUGAGAGACAUCAUGAAUAAGGACAAUCUGCUUAAAGUGACGGCAAAACAUUGCCCUAGUCAGACCUUUGCAUUCUGGAUCACAGAGGCAGAGAUGGACAGAACAGAGCUUGAGACAGGCCAAGAAAUUCAUCUUAAAACUAAAGGAGAUGGGCCAUUCCUAAUUUCCUUUGCCAAACUUGAUGGUGGUACAGUGACAAAGUGCAACUUUGCUGGGGAUGAGAAUGCAGGAGCAUCUUGGACGGACAAAAUAUUGGCAAACAAAUCAGAUCGGGAGAGUGCAGGGAAGAGUGUAGAAAGGGAUGACUGA